AACCUGUGUCACGGGAGAUGAGGGGACCGGGCGAGAUGGUGUGGAUGUUAGUGAUGGGGUGACAAGGAGUGGGGUCUGUGGUGGAGUGAGGAUUAUAAACCCCACAAGGAGGGUAGCCUGUCACUGCAUGGUGAGGGAAAGCCCCACAUAGCCUGCUUUUUCUGAGAAACACAGAUGAUCGUAUCAAAAUGCACUGAUUGGAACGUGUUGCCAAAUCCAAAACAUUCUGUGGCCAAAGAGGUCACACUUGAGGGCUGAAUGCAGCCCUGGCCUGGUCAUGUGACACAGGUGACCAGGUUCAUGACCAGACUGAAGGAGACGGGCUGCAACAGUGAGCUAGAGUGGGCCCUCUCCCAAGCCUGCCCUCUGCCUUGUCCUGCUAAAUCUCUCUUCUGUCCUGUGACACAGUUUAGGCAGGGAUCUGGUGACCACCAGGUCACCUCUGAUAGAGGCCAUGUGUGUUGGGUGUAAAGUGCCACUGUGGUCGAGGUUAGGGCCUUGCAGUCUCUGAUCCUCAUCAGCCACCAAGGGGAGCUUGGACAGGGGAAAGUGGCCUGGGGCUGGGCUUGGGAGGACAAGUGCCAGGCUGCCUUGGUGGUUGGGGGCAGCUGAGCAAUGCUCUUGGUGGGGCCUGAAUGUGAGAGCUUGAGGGACCCUCAGGGAUUUGGCAUAAGUGGCUCCAGAACAGUCCCUGGACCCCUGGAGCCUUUCAGUGCAGGGCUGUAAGCAGGGUGGCCCUCCUGGUUCUCCUUGACCGUCCUGUCAGCUUCCCACCUGCUGGGGUCCUAGCAGGAAGGCUGAUUGCUCUGGGUUCCUGGUGUUGGCCUCUUGGGUGGGUUGGAUGCUCUGGACAUCUGGAUUCUAACAUUCCUUUUCCACCCUUCCCCAGGCCCAGAGGGCCCAGCAGGGGACCAUGUGGGAGGAAGGGGAGAUAGAGGCCAUCGAGGGCCUGGUGACUCCCCAGCUAGGCCCUGAGGCUCCAGCCUGUAGGUCUGAAGGGGAUGUUGAUGAGCAUGGCCCUGCUCUGUGAGAUGCCCAUUCACUUCCAACCUCCCAGUGGCAUGGGACACAGCAAGGUCCUGGCCACAUGCAGGUUUCCAUGGGGGCCACAGAACUUGGGCCCAAGUUGGCAGCCACACCCUUUCCUCCCAAUGAAGCUCAUGUGUGUCUGCUGUCCUCACUUCCUGCCUGGAAGACUGACAGUAACCAACUCAAUCAUCAUCAGACAACAGUGAUAACAACCCCUCCCUGCCCCAACAGCUCUCCAGGCAUCACUUCUCGGUCCUUCCCAUGCUAGGUAAGAGCUUACACAGGAUUAUUGGCUAGGAAGUGGUCAAAACAGACGUCAGCUAGUCCUGAUCAUCCGCCAGGGCCCACGCUUCUGGCCCUCCAUCCUGCCUCUCUGUGCUUCCUGUUCUCCAGUCUGCAGGGGAAGGUCAGCUCCUGUCUCUGGCCCCAGCAGGUAUGGGCUCGAGUCCAGCUGUGUUCCGAUCAGCUACUAUCAGAAUCCUUGACCUCAUCCUUGUAGCCAGACUGCUCAGCUUGUCAAAGGUCAUCUAAUCCCGACACAGCCCUAGGAGGCAGCUGUCACUGUCACUGGUCUGUAGAGAAAUGAGAGUCAGAGAGGCCCCCAGCUCCUUAGAGCAGUUGGCUGUGGGAGGGUCGCUGGGAGCUCAGUCUGGCUCCCUCUGCAGAUGGUCUCUGCACGGUGAGGCUCAGAGCACCACCCAGUUCCCCACACUUACCUUUCACAAUCCAAUGGAUGGUGCCACUGAGCAGGAAGAAAUAAGCCACAGGAAGAGGCGUGGGGAAGCCAGGGGAAAGACAGGCAGCUGGACAGAGUAUGAGACUAGAGGACCUGAGAGCCACACAGUUCUGCCUGCCACGGAUGGAGAUACCCAGGGAUCUGCGGGUGCUGCUCCUCCUCCUCCUGGCCUCAAGCCUCGCAAUCACCGCGUCUGAUGACUUGACAGUGCCACGGCUCCCAACAAAUGGUCAGGAAGAUGAUGGGGUGAGGUCCACUGGUGCACCAGAAAAGGAAACCCCAAGAGAUGCCUGCAAGAGCCUCCCCAACAAGCCACACCCAUCUGACCCCUUCUACUUGGAUGACACCGCCCAGUGCUUUGCCAAGUGCAGGCAGGGAGGGAGCAGUGACUCCUGUGUUCCCGGAAACCUGGAGAGGCACUGGCUGUACUAUGAGUCCUAUCUGGUGGAAAACUCAGUGGGGACUGUGGACAGGCCUUUUGUGAAGUCUCUAGUACAGGACAUCAGCACUGACACCUCAGAAGACCUGCUCUUUUCUCUGAAGCGCUCUCAGAUCCCAAGGCAGGUGAUGAAGGAUGAGGAGAAGCCCUCCGACAGACUCUGGUUUCCCAAGAGCUUCUUUGGAUCCUUGCCAGGCAACAGGCCAAUGGUGCGCUUGGCUAUAACUGUUCUAGACAUCGGUUCAGGAAACGUCUUCAAGGGCCCCAGGCUCCUCCAGGAGGAGGGUAGCAGUGUGCUGAACAACCAUGUGGUGGGCUUGAGUGUGGGCCAAAUGCCUGUCACUGGGCUGUCGGAACCUCUGGAGAUCACCCUCUCCCACCCUCGUCACCCUUCUAACAUGACCCUCACCUGUGUGUUCUGGGAUGUGACUAAAGGGCCCACAGGAGACUGGGCCUCCAGGGGCUGCUCCACCCAGCUGGGAGCUGAGCAGACUGUGUGCCGCUGUGACCACCUGACCUUCUUCGCCCUGCUGCUGAGGCCAAUGUUGGACAGGGCCACCGUGGCGAUCCUUACACGCAUCUCCCAGGCAGGCUGCGGGGCGUCCAUGAUAUUCCUCACUUUCACCAUCGUUCUCUACAUCACUCUCAGGCCAGCACCCUGGAGUGAGUGGUAUCGCCCCACCCUCCCCACUCUGAGCCCUGGCCUACGACACUGUCCCCACCCCCAACAAGCUGAGCACCACUUGCCAACUGGCUGCGUUGCUGGACCCUGUGAACUGGGCUUGGAGCACCAGGAGGAAAUGUCACCAGCUCCCAAGGGUGGGGGCUGGCAUCUCAGGCUCUCUCUGCAGAGGUUCAAGUCGGAAGACGCUCCCAAGAUCCACUUGUCCCUAAGCUGUAGCCUGUUCCUGCUGAACCUCGCCUUCUUGAUCAGUGUGGGGAGCGGUUCACAGGGGUCCAGUGCCACCUGCUGGGUCCGGGCUGCUGUGUUCCACUACUUCCUGCUCUGCACCUUCACCUGGAUGGGCCUGGAAGCCUUGCAUCUCUACCUGCUGUCCAUCAGGGUCUUCAACACCUACUUCGGCCACUACUUCCUGAAGCUGAGCCUGGCCGGCUGGGGUCUGCCCACCCUAGUAGUCAUUGGUAUGGGGAGUGCCGGUAGCUAUGGCGUUUAUGCUAUCCGUGACCAGGAGAACCGCACAGCACUGGAGCUGUGUUGGAUCCAGAAAGAACCUGCCCUCUAUGUCACUGUCCAUGGCUACUUCCUCAUCACCUUCCUCUUUGGUGCUGUGGUGCUGGCCCUGGUAGCCUGGAAGAUCUUUACUCUGCCCAGUGUAACAGCGAACAAGCAGCAGGGACAGAACUGGAAGGCUGUUAUCACCGUGCUGGGCCUCUCAAGUCUGGUGGGCAUGACCUGGGGGCUGGCCAUCCUCACACCACUAGGCCUGUCCACCAUUUAUAUAUUUGCCUUCUUCAACUCCCUACAAGGUGUCUUCAUCUUCUGCUGGUUCACCGUCCUCUACUUCCCGAGGCGGAGCUCCACAUCUUCCUUGUCUGGCACCGCCCAACUGGACCAAGCCCAGUCCACACUGAACCAGUAGGAGGAAGCACAGCCCGGCUCUCUCGGCUCUCUCGUCAGUUCUGGCUCUCCGCGUGGCCUCAGGGGCUCUCUGCUCUGUUCCAGGCCUUAGCUGCCUUCUUCAUAUAUUGUGGCUGCAGAGGGAGAUGACAGAGAUGAGGUUGGACCAUGUGGCCUCGCAUGUCCCAUCCAGACACGUCUGUGGGCUUGAGAGUCACACAUUUGGGCUGGCAGGAGGCUGCAGUUCCUGUGGCCCCACCAGCAAAGAACAUUGCCAUCACCUCCUUCCCUGUGUGCAUAGCAAAGCGCUCUGGUUCUUUACCAUUCCCACCUGCUGCUCUCAGCAGGAACCUGAACCCAAAGAGCGGAGUGUGGCUUACACAGCCCCUUGAAGGGGCACUCAGCCUCUUCCUCUUUUCUCCCUAUCACUAGUCUGCCCUCUGGCUGCCUGUCCCCCAAUGAAUGUUCAGAAGGUCAUUGUCCCUGGGCACCAGGGAGUUAUAAGCUAGAAGUUAGUUUUGGGAGUAGGCUGGUCUUAGUCUCUGCCCACCCACCAGUGCCCAUUCUCACGGGAGAAAUCCUACCAUUCAAGCAGCUGUCAGCCUUCAGGGUCCUGGGGUCAAUGGUUUUCAGAGUUUGCUUCCUAGUACAUGCAUUCUCUGAAGUGUAUGUGCCACCAACUGCCAACGGGGUGGCUGGACCUCUGAUCUGCUGUCAUCACAUCCAAUCAGUGUGUGGGGUUGAGGGGUUAAGCAGGGAGAGGGCUUGCUAGGCAGAGAGUGGACAUCUCCUCCUGAGCAGGGACCUGGGCAGCCUCACUCACCACUCCAGCCCAGGGCUGGCCAUGUCAAGCCAAAUUGUCACAAUGUUUGAAUAAAUACUCAUAUUUGCUGGCUGA